AUAUAUACAUAUCGGGUACUGGACGCAAUCGCUUUCGCUGUUACACUAUAUUUUGUACACGCGCGCACAGUCAUUUUUAUUAUUAUACAAUAAUACCACUGGCAUUUUAUUACGUAUAUACAUACAUAUAUAUGUAUAUAUAUCGGACGCAAUCAGAUGCAUGUGAUUUUUCCAGAUCAAAUCAGCUGUUUUGCGACAUUGCCAAUUCUUGCAUCACUAAUUUUCUCUGCCACAAUAAUCAUGCUGUGUAAUAAAAUAAUAUAAAUAUAUCUCAUUAAAUAAUUCUAUCAUUAAAAGAUAAGCAUUCCGUAACUGAGUGGUUCGUGAAAGAAGCUAAAUGAUGUAUUUCGAAAACGAGUCGGAGUUAUACGAUGUAAUCGAUGUAAAAUAUUUCGAUGUUACAUAUAAUACAAGAGAGAGUAAUACCUUUAUAAGUGCAAAAAUUAAAUUGCAGUGCAAAUAUUCUUUCAUUUAAAAGGAGAAUCAUGGAGUCACAUGAAAUUAAUAAUGAAGCUAAUAAUGUAGCUUUAAAUGCACAUGCAGUGUUAAGAUCAUGUGUUUCAACAACUAAUGAAGCUGAAAGAUUACGAAAUCUCCAAGAAGAAAAGCACUCGAAAUUAACGAUUGGAGCAUUCUUCGAAUUUAUGAGAACUGCAUACCAAGUUAACGACAGUUGUGAAGGUUUGGCUACAAUACUGAGUGCUAAUAGUGAAAUUGAUUGGCAAGAAUUAACAAAAAUUAGUUUAGAUUUAAAAACACAUGAAGAUAAUAAAGUAACCAAUAAUAAUUGUAAUCUCAAUACUCAAGAACAACAAUACAAACACAAUGAUUCUGUACAGGAGUUAUUGUUACAAACAACAAGUAGUAAAGAAGCAAAUUCGUCUAUAUCAAAUAGUACGAUAAGCUCACAAUCUUCUACAAUCUCCUGUAAUACCAUUUAUGAGGCAUGCAAUAAGGAUGAUUCUACACACGAAUCUAAUAGUGCAGAAAGUAUUUCUAAAUGUUUAGAAACGGGAGAUAAUAUCAGAGAAGUAAAUCAGUUGUUAGAAAGUUGUCAAACCUUCAAUGAAAAGAGGAGAAUUUUACAGUUUAAGGAGCAUUCAGAAGAGAGUGAACAUGGCUUAGCGAAAGUCAUGAAGGAAAGUCUAAGAGAUAUUUUGCACGAAGGAUUAUUGGACUCUGUUUUACCAUACAUGCUACCAAAAUCCUCCCUAUCACAGCCUGUUAUUAAAAAAUCUACUGUUGUCACAGAUGUUAAAAAAAACUCUUCAUUGGGUAAUGUAAUUGAGAAUAAAGCAACAGUCACAAUUCAUAAAGAACGAGAUAAGGAGAAGAAUAAGAUAUACAAGAAAUCAUUGGAGAACGACGUGGAAAUUCAUGUAUGCGAUGAAGAUAAGAAUAUCAAAAAAAACUUUCGAUGUCCACAAAAACUUCUUAUACAAAAAAUGUGUUAUUUUGCUGACGUCACAGCAGGGCAGAAACUUGAUGAGAUAGACAUAUCGGUACAUUGUGAUGUCGUUAUUUUUGACUGGCUAAUGAGAUGGGUAAAAAAGGACAUCAUAAAAAAGUCUGAAUGGCCAGUUCUAGAGGCGAGUAAUGUCAUUCCGAUUAUGGUAUCUGCUUGCUUUUUGCAAAUGGAGCCACUUUUGGAAAAUUGUCUUCAAUAUUGCCACGACAACAUGUCAGAUAUUUUAAAGACGUCGACGAUCCUAUCAUGUCUAGACGAUAAUCUUCUCACAAGAUUGGCUGAAUUAUUUACAAACGAGGAUGUUGAAAUGUUAAAAGACAAAAAAGAUAAAAUUCAAAGUCGUUUGUUCUGCAAAUUGAUCAUGUCACUAGUAGAAACCACUCCGGAUAAUAAAAAGGGGCAUUACAGUUCAUUGGCUAUGCUAUUUAAAUGUGGAAAAUGCAGUAGGAAUGUAAUACAAUCGAUUUCCGAUUUUGUGCCUUGCGUCCCAAGCGCAAUGAAAAUUGAUAACAAGGGAACUGUACGCAGCAAACAUGUGAGAGAUCUGACUUGGACAUUGAAUGAUUACAUCAUUACCUUACGAUCAGAGUUGCGCUCCUGGCGCAAAGUUUAUUGGAGAUUGUGGGGAGAUUGCCAUUUCUUGUUUUGCCAGCAGUGUAAUGUGUACUUCUCAAUACAUCAGAUCGAUUGGUGCUGUUAUCAUCCAGAAUCUGCGCAAUUCUUUGUGAAUGAGCAACAGAGGCCUACGCCUUUUCCUCUAGGAAGAUACCCGUGCUGCAGUCAACGUGCCUAUAGAUUCGAAGCUUUAUCUAGUCAAGGCGGAUGUAGGUACAAAGAACAUGUACCAGAUAUAAAGAGCGAGAAAGAAUUAAAUGUUUUAAAUAUUCUGACAGCGAAUAAAGAAGUAAUAACUAUCGAACCGCCCCAGCUCUUUUUCCCGGAAAAGAUUACACGAUUGGUGACACGCGAUCCGUCUCUUCGUCCAGGCAAAUUAGUAUGCAAGGAUAUAAUGUGGUGGAAUGGCAUAGAACUCGUGCCACCGAGACCGAAACUUGGUCUGCUCGGAAAAAUUUGGGGAAGUUCGGGACUCCGUCGAUUACUUGAAACGCAAGAUUCGCAAAAGUCUUUACAGAAACUUCGUCGACAGAUUUCCACAACUACAACCGAUGUUUUGUCUUCCGCUUCUUCGUUUACGGACGAGGACGACGAAGACGAUGGCGGAACUGUAUACGAAGAUAGCAGUAUAGACGACGAAUCGUAUUAUAGCGAAGAAUCCAACACAUUAUGCACCUUAAAACCAAUGAAUAAAGCGAAACAUAAUCAGAAGAACAACAGUAGAUGUUGGAGCGGCAAUUUAAACGUAAGACAUAAUCAAGAUAAUCAGAGAGAUUUUGAGGAAAGAGCCGCAGCGCAAAUGAUAGUUCUUCUGACAAAGAGAACGGUGAUGGAGAAUUUGCUGUCGAAAUCUUACAGCAAGCAACAACACAAUUAUAAAACUAAGCAACCUAUUGGUGGAACAUAUAUGAAACUAGAAGCUGAAUUCCGCGAACAGUUAGCUCAAUCUUGUAAAUAUAAGAACCUUUUAAUAGGGAAGACUCGUAUGAAAUCAAACAAGUCUUGAUUUAUAUAUGCACAGGAUUAAAUAAUUCAUCUGAUAUAUCUAGAAUAUCGUGUUGAAAAAAUUAGUUUGUUGUGAUUUAACAUAAAGAGAAGGAAAAGACACUGCCACAAUAUUAUAAAUGCCAUUGUUUAAUAAAUAUAUUUAAUUUAAAUACAUUAGAAAAUUGAAGUUUUUAUAAAAAAAUAAAUAUGCAUCUUUAUCAUUCGUCAUUAUUAAAGAUCCAUUGUAAAAUUUUAUUACUGCAAAAAUAUAUUCAAUACUGUAUUUAUGGAAUAAACAUUUGCUUAUCUAACAAU